GAGGCGGAGGAUGGUUCCCAUGAAUUUCUACGAGUCCUACGUUGAAGGUGGCAUCCACCAGCCACUUGUGUGUUGCAAUAUGAUUAUAGGCGAAAGAGUUGGUUAGCAAUUCAAACAUGAAACUGGUAUGGUAUUGUAUUCAAUCCGAAUUGAAUACAUCAUUAUUUUGUCAUCACGGUAGAUGCAGUGGCUGUUCCCGUGGUGAUCACGCGCCGUGGCUGAGUCUGAGCAUUCUUACAUUACAAAUAAUGGCGUAUAGAAGAAAGCAAGCAGGAUUGUCAAGGGCUUCCACCUUCAAGGAAGAGUUUCAUUUGCAGCAACAACCAUUGGAUUUAUCGCUGGAAAACAAUGGAAUUGCAACUACAAACAUGAACGAUGCUUCUCGUCAUCUUCGUUCAUCAGCAACUUUGUCCUCUUCCUUUUCCUUUACUCCAACAUCUUCGACAUCCUCUCUCGCUGCUGCUCAGGCCAUCAAAGCCUCUCUUCGUGAUCCAUCCUCCCUCACUUUUUCCUCCACUAAAUCUUCGUUUGCCGCCCCUGAACAUCACCGAUCCAAGUCAUAUGAUAUUAGCGGAGAUGCUUUAGGGAGAGGUGACCCCAAGUCUGGUUUCUGGGGAGUGGUGGCUCAAAAAGGCAAGGAUAUUCUGGACGACAACGAUAAACUAAGAUUGCAAUCUUUUAAUAAUAAUACCUUUGCUCCAGCUGCUCGACCUUAUCAGGAAGGGAAAACAGGAGAGCUGAGAAGUCAAUUAAUAAAGGCGAAUGUAAAUGGUAGUUUUCCUGAUCGCGAAGACUCAAAUAAAGACACUGGAACGUGGAAUCCAUGGCCUCAGCAAUCAGGAGGCCCCACAUCCAACCCCACCGCUAUCCAUGAAACUCAACUCAAGGCAUCCCGCGACGUGGCAAUGGCAACUGCUGCUAAAGCAAAACUACUUCUACGGGAGCUAAAAACCGUUAAAGCAGAUUUGGCUUUUGCUAAAGCAAGGUGUGCUCAACUAGAAGAAGAGAACAAGUUACUUCGGGACCGUGAGGGUCGUGAGAAGGGACAAAACCGUGCAGAUGAUGAUUUGAUUCGGCUUCAAUUAGAGACGCUGCUGGCGGAGAAAGCUCGGUUGGCGAAUGAGAAUGAGACAUGUUGUCGUGAAAAUCGUUUUCUAAGAGAGAUCGUGGAGUACCAUCAACUGAGUAUGCAAGAUGUAGUGUCUCUAGAUGAUGAUGAGGAGGAGGGCAUGGACGAAGUCACAGAACUAUAUCCUAUAGAUACCAAUGGCAUGCUAUCCAUCUUUCGUGGACCACAAGAAAAAAAAGAGGAACAUUAUCAUGAAGAUAAUAAGAAUGUAUCGAAAGAUGAUCAUAAUGAGGUUUCUCCUUGUACCUCAGCUUCUGUAGAUGAGCAAGCAAAAAAAUAAUGAAACCUUUAUAAAUAUGCAUAUAAAUAAAUAUGCAUAAUGUAUUCAUUGUAAUUUGUAACACUUUUGGCCA